GCCGCGCAGCAGCCAAUAAGAAGAGGGCAUGGGCGUGGCGUUCUGAGCUUAAGAGAGGGCGUCUUGCUGCUGUAAAUAUACGGACAACAGUCUGAAUAGCAGUUACAGCAAAGGAUCAACCAACCAUGGGGAAGUCACUUUUCUGCUUGCCAAAACAAAAAUCCGAGGGCCAUGAGGAUCUAACACCGAAGGAGCCUGAGUCGGAUCCAGAAAAGGACAAGGACAGGAACGAUAUUUCACAGUUCCCAUAUGUUGAAUUUACAGGCAGGGACAGUGUCACUUGUCCCACUUGUCAAGGCACAGGAAGAAUACCGAGAGAACAAGAAAACCAGCUUGUUGCUUUGAUCCCAUACAGUGACCAAAGACUGAGGCCAAGACGAACAAAGCUGUAUGUAUGUUUGUCAGUCCUGAUGUGCCUCCUGCUUUCUGGCCUGGCUGUCUUCUUCCUGUUCCCCCGUACCAUUGAUGUCUCUUACAUUGGCGUGAAGUCUUCAUAUGUCACUUUUGAUACAGAUAAUCGAAUCGUCUAUCUCAACAUCACAAACACUCUCAACAUCACUAACAACAACUACUACCCAGUACAAGUGGCAAACAUCACAGCACAGGUGCAGUUCUAUAAGACAGUGAUUGGAAAAUCUCUCAUGAGCAACGUGACCACUAUUGUGCCCCUGGAUAUGCAACAGGUUGACUUCUCUGUUCCUACUGUCAUAGCCAAUGAGAUGAGCUACAUCUUUGACUUCUGCACCAUGCAGUCCAUAAAAGUGCACAAUAUUGUGGUCAUGAUGCAGAUGACUGUGACCACCGUGUACUUUGGGCAUGCCGAGCAGAUAUCUCAGGAGAGAUACCUGUAUGUGGACUGCGGCUCGAACACCACCAGCCUCAAUGGACAUAUGAUGGUGAUCCAGUGACCCUCUUCCCCCUGAAACCAAACCCACUGACUUACUAGGAGUCCUGCCCUGAUCAAUUUUAUGUGCCCAUGCAUGGUGAUGUCAGGAAGACUGCAAGGUUUCAGUCAGAAGGUUCUCAUUAUUAACUUAUCAGAGCAGGCUUCAGGGUUAUGUUUGGGAGAUAGAAGCAUGGUAGGAACUGCAAUAUAUGCCAUAGAGUGCAUUAGAGAAAUAUCCCUAGUGACUUGUUGGUCCACUACUCCUUAACAUUCUUCACCUACUUUAUCCAAGAAGAGUCUUGAGCUGUAAAGAAAGGAGUUUUGCUUUGAACAAAUCAUACACAUGCAAAAUGUAUUGCCAGUUAUGGACUGCAAUCAUAAACCAAUAUGCUUCAGUCAUGAACCACUAUCAUUUUUCUGAACUCUACACAGAACUGACAUGUACAGAGAAUAAAAAUUCAAUUAGAUUUCUAAAGCAAGUGUAGAAGCCCAUUUCCAGGCACAGCUAUGAGUUUUUAUGAAAUGUAAACUGCCUUUAGUGAAAUACAUUGGCGCAUUAGAAAUAAAGGCAUUUUAUAUUUUAUAUAUAUUUUUACACACAUUUCUUUAAUGUAAAAAGCCUUUAGUUUUAAAGGCAUAAACAGAAACAGACAUACAUGUUUUAGUGACAUGUUAAAGACGUUAAUUUUGUAAGAUAAAAAUCUUCAGCUGCCAUCCUGCUCGUGUUGUCAUAGUGAAUUCAUCUGUUGUAACUGUAUAUAGGACAUGUGUGGUAUUCUGAGUGAUUUUUAAGUCCACGUCGUUUGUGAAGAGAAUCUACAGACAAAUGUUUGACUCUUUGUGUCAGUGUCAGUUUUCCAGGAUGGUCUGUUCUGUUUACAAUAAAGUCAUGAACUACA